AUCCGGCGUGGCGGCAUUAUUACGAGAGAGUGACGAGAAUUCCGACGGCGUGAACGCGCGUCAGUAGUGGGGGUACCUGAAUUCCAAGAAAAAUACUCCCCACCCCCAUCGCGCGGCACUGUUAUGAGAGUGGACUGUACUUGGCAGUAGUUGAAGAGCAAAAAAUUUGUACUCUACAGUCCGCUCUCACAACAGUGCCCGUGACGGUGGGGGGUAGGGGAGUACUUUUCUUGGAACUCAGGUACCCCCACCACUGACGCGCGUUCACAACGUCGGAAUUCUCGUCGCGCUCUGGUAACAGUGCCGCCGCGCCGGGUAAACUACUUGUGUUUACCUAGUAUUUAUAUUCGUAAGUUGCGUUAACGAACAAAAUGGAACUUCAAAAUAGAACCAAGAAAAAAAAGAAUGCUACAAAUUUUUCUUCGGAUCUUGCUCCAGAUUUGCUUGUGAAUGCAAUCGGAAAUCAAGAUUUACUAGACGAUCCACCGAGAAAGAAAAGAAAAAGGUUUUCUUUCGAAGAAAAGAAAAAUAUUUUAGAAGCAAUGACUCGGUAUUCCGCAGAUGUGAUAUGCAAAAAAUAUGAACUAAGCGAUCGUACUUUAAGAAAAUGGAAAUUGGAGAAAGAAAAGAUCAUUCAAGAGGCGAAAAAAACGAAUUGCAAAAAAUUGAAAAAGAAGUCCAAUGUCACGGAAAUGGACGAUGCCAUGUUUCAAUGGUUAGUUGAAGUACAAGACAAAGGAAUUCCGAUUUCUGGACCGAUGAUUCGACGACAAGCUUUGAUCGCGAAAGCACAUCAUCCGAAAAAUGACCAAUUCAGGGCCAGCGAAGGUUGGUUAUCUAGAUUCAAGAAAAGAAAAAAUAUUCGAUGCUUGAAAAUUACAGGGGAAAAAUUGUCGACUGAUGAAGUUGCAGCAAAGUUAUAUGAAGAAGAAUUAAAAAAAAAGGUUGCAAUCAAAAAGUUGCAAAAAAAAAAUAUUUUCAACGUGGCUGAGAGUGGUAUCUAUAUCAAACAAGUACCUAGUCGUACUUUGGCUCCAAACUGUGUUAAAAAUAAACAUUAAUAUAGUAAAAUCGCCAAAUGUAUAUAAUCUCUAUUUCUUUGAAUAAAAUCAAUUAUUAUUUUAAUGAUGGUAAUCGAAAUUUAUGACACUUUUUUUUAAUGAUAUUAUUACUAUUUUAUGAAUUUUGUGAUGAUAUAAUAUUAUUAAAAAAAUAAUGACAAUAAAUUGAAUUGAAAAGCAGAUAAUUAUACGCUAUUUCAUUGAGCCAGCGUUUGGCACUGUUGAGAGAGACGAAUAUGAAACCCGAAGUGAGUCCGUGGUGGGGGUUACGUUCGAGCGAGAAUAAGAGGAAGCGGCACUAUUGGGAGUGGCACUAUUACGUGAGCGGACUGUAUAUUGAAGUCCAAGCAGACCAAUAGAAUACCCUAACUGAUCAUGCUCCAAUAUCUUUGAAUCCCAUAAAUACUCACUCUAAAUCAGGCCUUUCGAUUGCCGGAACGUUAACUGCAUUCCAAAACAAAAUAAUCUCUGGUUUCCGUGUAUUCGCACAUUGAAUAAAAAUGCUUACCCUUU